CAAUUCCGGAUUAAAAAAAAAAGGAGUUUGUCAAUUACUCAAUUUAUUUAAGUUUCAUGCUGGGAAAUGACUAUUCUUGUGUGAUUCAAUGAUUAAUAUUCAACACAAAUGAAAUGAAAUGCCAUUGGUGUCACAAAAAAUUUCAAGCGAGUAAAGAUGAAAUCAUUAACAAUAGCAUACGCGGGGUUUCAUCUCCAAUGUGGAGAGCUCUUCGCGUUUCAGGCUUGCACACAUCUAAGGUGGACGUUCUCCUCCAUGUGCUCCUGUCUGCUCUCGCCGUCAGCUGUCUUUUCUGGUGAUUCCUUCACGCAAGCUGCCUUUGUCGUGGAUUUGGUUGAUCAGGUUAGGAAUUUUUCCAUAGAAUCUCAAAUUGAAGAUCUGCAAUCAAUUAAUCAGAUUCAGAUUCACCCCGAUCGUAACUCUUAUGUGACUGACCAUAUGGAUCAAGAAACACUUAAUAACAUAUAUAGAGUGUUCCAUAUAAAAUAUAAUAAGAAUGGUGAGCCUUCAUCACCUGAUGUGAUAGUGUUGUCUGGGUCUGAAUCAUCUGAUGAUGAGUUCUCAUCAGACGGUGAUGAAAAUGAUGAUGAAGAUGACACACUGGAAGGGGAUGAUCCUCAUAAUCCCAUAUAUUUGUCUCGUGCAACGAAUUCAUCAACGGAGGUCAUCGAAGAAAGUAAUGAAACAACAGAAUCGUCUGACAACGGUAUCUGUCCUGAAAAUUUGCUGCAUAUAUUAAAUUCUCUGGAGAUAGUUCGAUUUGGAAGAUCACUGGUCCACCUUCUAGUGUAGGCAAGAAUAUAUUCUUUUUCCACCUACUGAAAAGUGGAGGAAGAGAUUGAGAAUGGAAGUUUGGGGUUGAAUGGAAAGAAUGUUGUAAAGUAUACAAUUUAAAGAAAGGGGACAAGAUUACCUUGAAGCUGUACUCCCUACUUAACCGCUAGAUAGAGUUGUUGAUUCAAAGAUCUUAGAGCUUAUAAAAAAAGGCAUCCUAUGUAUUACUCUGUGUGACACAUAUUUUUAACUAUAUGUUGAACUGUGUUGGACAUAUUUUGUUUUCUUAUUAAUGGAAAGUAAUUAUUUAGGUGGUUUGAAACUUUCUGGUGUUACUUUUGGAUAUGUAUUACAUUUUGGAACCUAGAUUUUUUAUGUUCUAAAAUUUA